UGUUAUUAUUUCUGUGAUUUUGACAAUCUUACUGUAGGUGUCGUUUUCGAUUAUUUCUAACUGCUACACCGAAGGAAUUUGGAUCAAUUAAGUUUCUUCAUACACGCGUUCUUUUUUCAUAUAUUUGCAGUGAAACUGUGAUGAAGUGACACGGAUUUUCGUAAAGUUAUCGAUCUUUAAUCUAAAAAUACUUGACUUGUGGCUCUCACGUCACAAAUUGAGGUGCCGUGUGCCAAAGCUACGUUAAAUAGGACGUGGAGAUUGUGGCCUGUUCGACUAUGAUAACACAUGCCAUACUUCCUAAAAUAUGACAACCGAAUUAAGAAGAGAAAGAAAAUUAAGCGAGGCAGAGGAGGAUUACCUGACAUGUGGAAGGUGUCAAUGUGAAUUUCCCCUCCAGAGGAUUACCACCUUCAUUGAGCACAAGAAGCAAGAAUGUGAUGGACCAGAGGCUGAUGUUCAAAGCAAGAGCAGAGAGUCUGGUUUGCAAUGUGUAUCCUGCCCUAUGGCCUUUAUGACAGCUGUGGGUAUGUUGAAACAUGUCCAAUUCUCACACAAUUUGCGUCUGUUCCUGGAAAAGGGUGCCUUCUCUAAGGGGAUACAGGCCACAAGCUUUCCUAACAACCUACCACGUUUGUCAACUUCUACCUCGGCCCAGAACCAGCUUUCAUCAGAAAAGAGGACAAGUCCAAACAGAAAUACUGUGUUGGAGCAAUUUACUACUACCCACACAAGUACCGUGUCACCAAGCUAUCCUCAGGACAAGGGAUCAAGAUGUCCCCUGGCAGCCAAAACGCAAGAACAUUGCCAGCCAAACCUAUUACAGUUGCCCCUUUCUGAUGUAACUAAGGCUAAUCAAACAGAGACAAAGGCUUGGAAUAAUUCACCCAAUAAAUCUACUUCUAUUUCACCAAACAGUCCAGCAAAUCAAUCCUUGAAACUAUCCAGGAAUAAAGCAUUACAUUCUACUUUGACAUGGUCCCCUAACUCUGGCAUGAACCGGUCACCGAAAUCAACAUCUAUACAGACCUCUAGUGUGAACCAGUCACCGAAAUCAGCAUCUAUACAGACACAGCCCACUGGAGUGAACCAGUCACAGAAAUCAAUAUCUCUACAGUCCCAGCCCAGUAGCAUGAAUCAGUCGCAGAAAUCAACAUCUCAGCAGACACAGGCAGCUGGCAUGAACCAGUCACAGAAAGUAACCUCACUGCAGACACAGUCGACAGGCAUGAACCAAUUACAGAAAUCAACGUCUAUACAGACACAGUCGACAGGUAUGAACCAGUCACAGAAAGUAACCUCACUGCAGACACAGUCAACGGACAUGAACCAGUUACAGAAAUCAACUUCAUUGCAGACACAGUCGACAGGUAUAAACCAGUCACAGAAAGUAACCUCACUGCAGACACAGUCGACAGGCAUGAACCAGUUACAUAAACCAACUUCAUUGCAGACACAGUCGACAGGUAUAAACCAGUCAAAGAAAGUAACCUCACUGCAGACACAGUCGACAGGCAUGAAUCAAUUACAGAAAUCAGCGUCUAUACAGACACAGUCUACAGGUAUGAACCAGUCACAGAAAGUAACCUCACUGCAGACACAGUCAACGGACAUGAACCAGUUACAGAAAUCAACUUCAUUGCAGACACAGUCGACAGGUAUGAACAAGUCACAGAAAGUAACCUCACUGCAGACACAGUUGACGGACAUGAACCAGUUACAGAAAUCAACUUCAUUGCAGACACAGUCGACAGGUAUGAACCAGUCACAGAAAUCAACCUCUCCGCAGACACAGUCUCAUUCUUCAGUUCCAGUAAACUCCCAGCGAACCAACAUCAGACAGAGUGCCACAAAACAGCCAAUUCUGUUUCCUGUUACAUCACAUUCAUCAGCCACACUUCCAAAAAUCAACAUUCCUGUGCAUCUCCUGAAUUCAGAUGGCAGCACUCCUUCAGAUACAUCCGUGUUGGUUGGGCAGGAUGUAGAUGUUGGCCAGGUUGUACCCAUUGUCCUCUUGUCUGGUCAGAUGGUAGACAUGGCUGCUAAGGGCUGCACAUCAGCUCAGUGUUCAAAUCUGCCCAGUGUCACCUCACAGGCCGUGGUCAGCAGUAAAAAUACACACAUACCAAGCAUCACAACACAGUCAAAAGUCAUCAGUACAAGUACACAAAUACUCAGCAUCAGCCCACAAGCCAACUUCCGUACACAAGUUACCAAUCCCAGCACGCCAGUGUCCAGUGUGGGUAAACACAAUUCUCAACUCCAAUCUGUUAACACCAUUCAUUCUGACAAUAUUCCUGAGACGAUGGAAGUGUCAUCUGAUGCUUCCCGCGAGAAGCAAAGCAUGCCUAAUGAUAGACCAGAGAUACUGGAGACCGACCAGUCGGUAGAGAAGGACACCUCUGUGAUUAGGGAAUCAUUGAUUGUUUCAUUGACUGAUCCCACAGAAAGUGUAAACAGUGAUGUAAUAAUGACUGAUCCCUCUACAGGUAACAGACCAGCUCCCGAAUUACCUGAUGGUGGCAAAACUACUGUACAACAAGUUCAUGAUUAUGACUGUUCAAUACAUACUUCCCAGCAACUGAAGGAUGACAUUAUGACUGCUACCCAAACUAGCAAUAGAACUGUGAUGGACAGUUGUAGUCAGACAGAGAAGUCAUUGAAAAGAGAUCCAGAGGGGAUCCAAAAGUCCAGGGAUGAAGCUUGCUGUGGGCGGCAGUGCUGUGGGGUGACUGUUAUCCCUGGUACUCAUGAAAAUACACGAAAGUGCUGCAGCUCCGUACUACCAAAGAAACGAAAGCGCCACAUGGAGACAAAGCAUAUGUCAUACUCCUGGUCCCGAUAUAACCGACGCCGUCUGUACAGUGGGCUAGACAAGGCACGCAGUGGGGGAACUAUUUACAUUGAUGUGGAGGACGUGAGGGAUGAUCCUCCAAGGUCACAAGUAAGGACAGGCGGCCAAGAGGGUUCAAAGAUACAAGUGUCUGGUGAUAAAGAAAGCUUUAAAUUAGAUACAAAUGUUUCCUCAUCUAUGACAAGUUGUGGAUCAGUUAUUCUGCAACCUGGGGCAACAUUUUCAAUCCCUAUCCCCUACAACACUGUAUCUUCAGGGAAUCGCCCACGUAACAGUGUUAACCCCAUUCCAGGAGCACAAAGGAGGCUCCCUUCCAUGCUCCCUCACUCCACAGACAGCCCAUCCCAGUCUCUUGUCGAUGCCAAAGACCCGAAAUCACCUCCAGAAUUUUCUGAGAACGCUGACAAACCUGUGACUUUUUCAGAGACACCUGGAAUGUCAAACAUUGAUACAGGAUCCGAAAUCAGUUUGGACCCCAACUGUGCUUAUUACCAGGGGAGGAAGAGGCGAUAUCCGACUUCCCGACCCUUUAAGUGUGAACAGUGUGACAAUGCCUUUAACCAAAGGAUCCACCUCAAAAAGCACAUGAGUAAACACACAGGUAUCAAGCCAUACAAGUGUCAGCAAUGUGAUUACUCCACUGUAGAGCGGAGUCAUCUCAAGGUACACAUCCGUAUACACACAGGUGAGAAGCCAUUUAAGUGUACAUACUGUGAGUAUGCCACCGCCCAGAACAGCACUCUUAAGAUUCACCUGAAACGCCACCAUGGCAGCCAGCUGCUGGAAUGCCCAACCUGUGCCAAGUCCUUCACUCAGCAUGACAUGUACCAAGUUCACCAGCAGGAACACCAAGGAGAUGAUCUUACUGACAGCAGUCUGGGCCUGGAUCAAGGUCCAAAUAGUGAAAGCUUAAGACAGGAUAUAGGGCAAGGUGACCUUCAGUCAGUGCUAGCUGAUGUCAAUCCAAAGGAGGAAGUGUCUGACCCAUCUGAUACUGAACCAAUGACUGUUAUAGCUAGAGAACAGGUUGAAAUGUGAUUGCUAUAGCUAAAGAACAGGCCGAGAGGUAACUGUUAUAGCUAGAGAACAGGUUGAGUUGUGACUGCUAUAGCUAGAGAACAGGCUGAGUUGUGACUGCUAUAGCUAGAGAACAGGCCGAUUGGUGACUGUUAUGGCUAGAGAACAGGCUGAGUGGUGACUGUUAUAGCUAGAGAACAGGCCGAGUGGUGACUGUUAUAGCUAGAGAACAGGCCGAGUGGUGACUGUUAUAGCUAGAGAACAGGCCGAGAGGUAACUGUUAUAGCUAGAGAACAGGCCGAGUGGUGACUGUUAUGGAUAGAGAACAGGCCGAGUGGUGACUGUUAAAGCUAGAGAACAGGCCAAGUGGUGACAGUUAUAGCUAGAGAACAGGCCGAGUGGUGACUGUUAUAGCUAGAGAACAGGCCGAGAGGUGACUGUUAUAGCUAGAGAACAGGCCGGGUGGCGACUGUUAUAGCUAGAGAACAGGCCGAUAGGUGACUGUUAUAGCUAGAGAACAGGCCAGGUGGCGACUGUUAUAGCUAGAGAACAGGCCAAUAGGUGACUGUUAUAGCUAGAGAACAGGCUGAGUGGUGACUGCUUUAGCUAGAGAACAGGCCAGGUGGUGAGAUCAAUAAACAUUACAGCUUGUAAAAGUUAAAUUCUGUGAAUGAUCAGCAAAUGAUCCAACAAUUUUAAUGGUAUGUUAAAGAAUGUACGUUGUAAAUGUACUACCGAUACUGUGUAACACUGUAUAAGAUAUAUACUGUCUGUAACCUUAUAAGACACGAACUCCCAGUCCCCAUAUGUGACAGUAUUACUGAAAUAUAUAACCGUCACUGUAUACUUGAAAAUUUUCGCAACAGUUGGAUUUUACUGCUGAGGGGUGAAAGUUUCACUGUAUGCAUGGUACGUACCAAAAGACUGUCUUUGUGAUCUAUACAGAGCUAACACUAAUUAUACUGUUUGAUUCAUUGAUAGAAUUUAAUUUGAACUGAUAAUGCAUUUGUAGUUUUAAAGAUAUUUAUUUUAUUUUAGUUUGUGCUCAAAUUAUGUUUCAACAUGUCUGUAUAGACAAUGACUGUUACAAAUGUCAACUAUUUAUUUAUUUAUUUAUUUGAGUUUCUUCUGUGAUGCUUUUCUCCCAUUGGGUAUUCUGUUACCUGUAUGGGUUGUAUGUGGUGAUCUACCAUGUUUCAUGUGUAUUCUCACAAUUUAAUUUAUAAAAUGAAACAAAGUUUUAAUUACUAGACUGCCAAAAUCAACACAAUGAUAAUUCAUAUGAUUUCUGUUCUAUUUUUCUUUUUCUUCUCAUGUGCCAAAGUUGUAUGAGAUUUGUUUGAAUUUGUAGGUGAUUUAAAACUGGUGAAGUAUUUGCUGCUGAAAAUUGUACAAAGAUGAUUCAUAUUACUAUAACGUCACUUUUUAUCUUUUUCAGGCCCUCACCAUUUUAUUGGGUGGGGGUGAUAUAACACGACCCUUGUCCGUCUUGCUGUGUCCCCUUGUAUCAGAUUCAAUUUCUCUGUCACUACUCUACUAAAUUCUUACCAGAUUUUAUACAGCUUCAUUUGUGGACUGGUUUUGAUCAAUCUUUAUACAAAGGUCAAGUAUGAGAAUACUUGGAACCGAGUGGGUAUUUAAGAACCAGAGGUCAAGGUCAUUCUUACUAUUUAUGGAAAUUUAUAUAAAAAAUGACACUAAUUUGUAUUGGAGUACUCUUGCUUUUCAUCAUGACAGAGGUUUUAUAAAGGAAGUUCCAAGGUGCCCCUCGUGUAACACGAGUGACUUUGAAGCAUCACAACGGACAGUUGGAGAUUUUGACAGAUCAAAAUAGGCUAGAGUUGGUGUUGUUGACAAUCUUAUAAUUAUUUUAAAACCUAUGCUUGUGGCGUGACCACACAAAGUCAAUGUCGCUUCUCAGCAGUUUCCCGAGUGGCUCAGUGGUGUCUGACAUGUUGGGUAUGAACUUAAAUUUACUUUGCCAAAUAGUAAAGAAUAUCCAAAGUCUCUCUACUUAUGCUUUGCCUCAACUUUGCUUGGGUCAGGCUGAACUUCUACUGCUGUUAAUUAACUUGUGUUCUCUUUUGAUAGCUUGGUUGAGGUUUUUUGCAUUUAGACUAACUCAGAGUUUCCCCAUUUACUUUUCCUCAAGGACAAGCGAGUUAACCAAAUCAUUAGGGUGAUCAAUCCUCCUGAUGACAUUCUUUCAUUCCAUCUCAUCAAGUGCUACAUUGCGAUUUCCACGGAGAGUGGCUUGGACUAUGCUCGGCGGGCUGACCACUGGUCUGACAGUCGUGUCCACACUGAUCUUGUAUGACUUACCGAUAAGCAUCCCAAUCCUUGAAAUACACUUCAAUAGGCUUCAGUUGGAUUUUUGGGUAGGAGUUAGUACUACCUGAAUGAUGCCAAGGUCCUGUGAUGACUUGAAUCCUAGUAGCAGAACUUAGUGUCUGUUAUAUAGAACUCGAUCCAAUUUCCUUUCACCUCCAGUUUUGCUGUUCUUGUCACCAUUGUAGCUUGUGAGCAUUGCCUGGGGUCUACCCAAUGUUGGUUUUGGUUUCAUUUUGCUUAUAAGAUUUAUUGGGAAGAUAUUUGUUUGUGAGCCUGUGUCAACUUUGAAUUUGAUACUCUCGUUUCCGAUACUCAUGUUGACAUAUACCUCAUGAUCAUCUGUCCCAAGUUCUGUUUUUGCGUAUCCUCCAUUUUUUUUUAAAGAUCCGAUGAACAGUUCUUCAAAUACUCUUAAUUUUCCAUCUCGAGGUUAACAUUAUUGAUUCCAUGAUUUGGGUUUUGUUGUUGAGGUGUACAUGUGCUCAUUGACCUGCAGCAUUUCAUGACAUGGUUGAGUUUGUGUCACUUCAUGCCUUUUGUUCCUAUAUGCUGGACAGUUACCUUUCUUCGUGUUUUGUUCCACAUUUGCCACAUAUUGCAAUAUACUCUCUUGACAGGGUUUUGAGAGUCCUCUGGCGCUGUGUGUGUAAUUUUAUUUAAUAUCUUGUCAAAAUUUCUGCUUAAAAACACUGCAGCUUCUUCAUGAUCCAAGUUUCCCAUCCUGUGGGAGAUCUCUUCACUGGCUCAACAAAUUAAAUCGCUUUCCAAAGUGUUAAUUCCCCAUCUCAUAACAGGCAUUCCUUUAACUUCUCAUUGUUUACGCCACAAACAAUUUUAUCUCAUAUGAGUUGAUCUCUUAACCUGCAUUUUUAUGCCAGAGAGCAUAGUUCUGUUACAAACUGGUCUAUGCUUUCACCUUUUUCCUGUGUCUUGGUGUUGACACGAUGUCGCCAAACUAUUGUAUUAUCAUUAGGUUGGUAAUCAAUAAUACUUAAUAGUCCAUGAAUUUUUUAAAUAGAAUGCCAAUUUGUUUACUUGAUUGUCUUCAAACGUCAUCAUAUUCUAAACGUCUUGCCCAUUCUGGCCUAAUAUACUGUGACCUACUUCAAGGUCACAGGGGUCAAAUAUGUCAAAAAGUUCAAACAACUUCUUCUGAAGAAUUAAAAGGUAUAGAA